CCAGAACGGGCACGCGCCACGACUCGUACAAAAAUGAAGCCCAGAACGAAACAGUCGCACGAGCGCGGCGGCUGCUUCGGCGCGACACGACGACCGCGGCGCCAUGCCCCGGCGGCGAGCUGGAAGUGCGCACCUCCACCCCUUGCUCCCGGCGGCGGCGGCGGCCGUCCUGACCCACCUCCUCCUCCUCCUCCUCCUCCUCCUCCUCGCCGCCGCCGAUGAACAGGGCACGCCGGCGAUCCUGGCCACGGUGUGCGGGGCCACGCAGACGCCGGACCCGGAGGGCUUCGACGUCAGCUUCGUCACCACCCUGGAGAUGAUCUACCAGAACGUGACGCGCUCCGGCUUCGGCGCCGCGGGCUCCGGCGCCGGCAACAACACCGUCUUCGGCCUCGGCCAGUGCCUCGCCUACCUCUCCCCGACCGACUGCCAGCUCUGCUACGCGCAGAGCCGCGUGAAGCUGCCCCACUGCCUCCCGGCCGACGCCGGCCGCAUCUACCUCGACGGCUGCUUCCUCCGCUACGGCGCCGACAACUUCGCCGCCGCCGCCACCGACGCCAGCGACACCGCGGUGUGCGGCUCCAACUCCACCGCCGGCGGCGGGGCGCCCGCGCCGGGGUUCGCGUUCGCGGCGGCCGCCGCGGCGCUGGUGCGGAACGUCACGGCGGCCGCGCCGGGCGCGAGGGACUACUACUACGCGUCGGCGUCCGCGGAGCCCGGGCGCGCGUACGCCGCGGCGCAGUGCUGGAGAUCGCUCAACGCCAGCGCGUGCGCGGCGUGCGUGGAGAGCGCGCGCGACCGGGUGCUCCGCCAGUGCCUGCCGGGCGCCGCCGAGGGGUACGGCCUGAACGCCGGCUGCGUCGUCAGGUACUCGACGCGGCCGUUCUACCUGCCGGCGGAGGCCGCCAGCGGCGGCGGCGGAUCAUCCUCACGGCACAUAGUUAUCAUCGUCAUCGCUUCGGUCUUCUCUGCACUGGCCGUCAUCGGCAUAGCGUUAGUCUGGACGAAAAUGCGGUCGAGAAGAGACAAUCUCCAUGACGACAUGGACGGCUCCGGCGAGAUCAUCCGUGCCAUCGCCGCGUCGCACCUCAGCUUCAAGUACCAGGAGCUGCGCCGGGCGACCGACGAGUUCAACCAGAUCAACAAGCUCGGCCAGGGUGGCUACGGGGCGGUUUACAAGGGUGUGCUGCCGGACGGCCGGGAGGUGGCGGUGAAGCGGCUCUUCUUCAACACGCGGCAGUGGGCGGACCAGUUCUUCAACGAGGUGCGGCUCGUCAGCCAGGUGCAGCACAAGAACCUGGUGAAGCUGCUCGGCUGCAGCGUCGAGGGCCCCGAGAGCCUCCUCGUCUACGAGUACCUCUGCAACACCAGCCUCGACCACUACCUGUUUGACGCGUUCAAGAAGAACGCACUGGAUUGGGAGCGGAGGUUCGAGAUCAUCCUCGGGACGGCGGAGGGCCUUUCCUACCUGCACAACGCUUCGGAGAUCAGGAUCAUUCACAGGGACAUCAAGGCCAGCAACAUACUGCUGGACGAGAGGUUCAGGCCUAAGAUCGCCGAUUUCGGCCUGGCGAGGAACUUCAUGGAAGAUCAGAGCCACCUCAGCACUGGUCUGGCUGGGACCUUUGGAUACAUGGCUCCAGAGUACAUCGUGCACGGGCAACUGACAGAGAAGGCCGAUAUCUACAGCUACGGCGUGCUGGUCCUCGAGAUCGUCACCGGUCGGAAGAACCACAACUCGGUGGCUUCAUCGGCAGAAGGCCUUUCCCUCAUGGCACUGAUAUGGAAGCACUACAACGCAGGGACCCUGAUUGAACUCUUGGACCCGAACCUUCGCGAGCAGUGCUCGGAGGAGGAAGCCCUGCAGGUGUUCCACGUCGGGCUGCUCUGCGCCCAGGCGUCGCCGAACCUGAGGCCGCCGAUGUGGAAGGUGGUUGAGAUGCUUAGCGGCAGGGACAAGGUGCUUCCCCGGCCCACACAGCCCCCGUUCAUCGAUGUGAAGGGGUCCAACGCGAAGAGCGACGGCUCAGGAUCGACGUCUCUUCUGUCGAGCUCGGACAAGUCGCCGUUCUCGCUGAACCAGCUCUCAGUGAGUGGGGUAGAGGCCAGGUAGAACCGUAGAAGGUGUGGAUGAUUGAUGAUAACGAUUAUCCGUCGUUAUUUUUGGGAUGCGUUUUGACUUUUUUUUGGUCAUGGAACUUUCGUUGAUCUGAUAACGUACACUUGAUUGCCAUGUGUAAGUCUUCGGAUCGGAAGAGAGAUUCCUGUUUGUAAAUUGCAAGUAGUAAGACAUCCAGAAAAUGUUGGAUCUUGGUUUUCUCCAAAUAUUCAGAGCA